UCUGUACACCUGCAUGUUAGAUUUGAAUUUUAGCGCAAAUGAGGAGGCAACAUGGCAAACGGAGCAGUCCUGUAUCUCCUUGUUGUGUUGGGAUCUUUUCAAAAAGGUCUACCAGCUGUGAUAGAAACACAGCGGACUGUGAUGGCAGCAGUGGGAGAAGAGGCUCGUUUCAGCUGUCAGCUGCUGCAAUCUAAAGAUGUUCUUCAGGUCACAUGGCAGAAACUUUUAUCUGAGGGGCAGAAGACUCUCGCCACCGACAACAAAAUCUUUGGUCACAAAGUGAAUCCUGACUUUAGAGAUCAAGUGGAGUUUAAAGGUGCUGGACUGCAGAACAGCUCCAUAGUUAUCAGGAAGGUGACGGAGCAGGAUGAAGGAUGCUAUCGCUGUUUGUUUAACACCUACCCUGAAGGUGCUCUCACAGGUACAACCUGCCUCCAACUCUAUGAGCUGCAUGAAGCCCUUCUGCAUGUUAGAGAAUCAAACUCUCCUGAAGAGGCAGUUGUGUCCUGCUCGGCCACAGGUCGACCUGCUCCCACAGUAACAUUAAGUGUCCUGCGUCACAACGUCCACUUUUCCAACCGCAGCUCUGUCCGUGUCACCAACACCAACGGUACAGUCACUGUCACCGCUACAGCUGUGCUGCCUCGUUUCCAUGGCAACAGCACACAGGUUGGAUGUGCAGUGCGAGUGCGCUCUGGUCCUCAGAGAGAGGUGUUUAUGAUGAUUCCUGAGGUCAAACAGUCGUUUGCUGCCGGUUUUGAUGAGGAAUCUGGACCUGAAGACAGUGAUUUCAAUUUCACUUUGAUCAUCGUGGUGUCCGUGUUAGUGUCCUGUGUUUGUGUUGCUGCAGUCAUCGCCAUCAUGUUGAAACAAAAACAUCAGAACGGACACUCUGAGAUCAAGACGCCACUAAAACCAACCGAACCCAAUUAUGAGAACAAAACACCACUCUUGCAAAUCAAGCAAGUGAACGAGCACCCGAGGCAACGUUCUACUGCGAAGAAAAAAGAAAGCGACAACCCAAGAGCAUCAUCUUCAACAGCAAAGUGUCAGCGACAGCUAUUUUCACAAAAGUCACCUGUUUAGUGACUCAGAAUAACCCACAAGACUGCAGUGCCAAAACUAAGACAGCUGGACUUGAACAAAACUGCCAAAAUAUGGUGGCAUUUGUGAAAGAACUGACACAGAAAGUCCUGUGUUAGAAAUGAUCUUUCAGUACAGAACAGAGAACAUGUCUGUCUCAGUUCAUUGAAAUCAAGAUCAAAAAGAUUCAUGUACACAGUAGAUUUGAUGUUAAUGUUUUUGUCCUUUCGAAAUUUUUACCGUAUCCUUUAUAACAUUUGACCAUCCUUUUUAUGUGUUCAUGUUUUUUUUAAUGUGAUGUACUUACCUUUGCCACAAAGAAGAACUACUCUGAUGCGUCUUUGUUGAUUUCACGUAUCUGUUUCUUGUGACUUUACACACUAACGUAAAGUAUUUUAUAACAUCUGUGAUAUAAUUCAGAUGAAGCAUUUGCAUCCUUUGUUUUGUACGUCUUUGUUCAUUUGUUUUUUUCUUUUUCAAAUGAAAUGCAUAUAAAUUUACUGCUGCUGCUUUUUGUAUUUUAUUUAUAUAAACUGAAACUUGGCAACCAUGAAAUUACAGGGGAACACUGAAUAUAAAUAAUGAAUGUGUAUGAGUCCUAAAAUAACAGCAGUAUAUACCUGGAAUCAAAACGUUCAAGAGAAAUAAUAAAUAAAAGUGGGGGGGAAUUUCCCUAUUUCUGAACAUUGAUAAUCUUUAAGUAAUAUAGUAUUUUGUACCAUCUGUCAUUAUUAAACUAAAUAUAACAUUUUGAAAAAAAUCAUUCUCACUUGUAAUGAUGCAUUUGCAAAACCAAACUCUUUGUUUUUAGGGGUGUAUUCAAUAAAAUGCUGCAUAUAUUUUAGCACUUAU